AUGAACGUAAUUCAUAUUAAUUCAAAAAACGUGUUAUUUAUAUUUUUGGCGCUUUUAUCACAUAUUAUUAAAGAAGUGAAUAUGUGCUACGGCAGUGAUCUUCCCAAUAAUACUAUAAAAGCUACUCCUACAAAUUCUACGCCUGUUGUUGAUGAUAAUAAAAAGGAAGAAAUUUUAGGUUUGUGUCCAGUUGGAGUAAAGUGUAUGGAUUUAGGAGCAGAAUGUUUAAACUGUACUUUCAAUUUCAGUUGCAUUUAUGGAGAUGUUUAUACUGCAAAUUGUACUAUACAGGAAUAUGUUAAUUGUUCAGGUGCAAAGGUUUUUCAAAAACAAUACAUAUGUCGUUAUUGUUAUUUAACUGAACAUUGGGAACACAAGUGUCAUUUAAAAAAUUCUUGUAGUUCUGUAGCAUCACCUCAGCAAUAUUACAAAACAAAUUGUACAGUUAAUAGUAAUGUAUUAUGUUUGGGUAGAAGAAAGUUUACGAAGAAUAUACGAUGCAAUUGGACGGUAGGAUACAAGUGGUCAACUGCAUUGAUAUUGAGCAUUACUUUAGGAGGUUUUGGUGCAGAUAGGUUCUAUUUGGGACAUUGGCAAGAGGGUAUUGGAAAAUUAUUUAGUUUUGGAGGACUCGGUGUAUGGACUUUAAUUGAUGUAAUAUUAAUUUCAAUGAGAUAUUUAGGACCAGCUGAUGGAUCUCUUUAUAUUUAAUUAUUAUAUUAAUCUCGUUAUA